AAAUUCAAUCAUAAGGGGAAUAACAAGCUGCCUCUUCUUAUUUCUUCUCCCACAGAUGAAGAGUCAGCACAUCAGCGAGAGAACAGCCGCUUAACACCUGCAAACAUUUAUCAAUACUUCCUUGUUGGUUUGAAGCCUUACACAGGGGUGUUUAGAAAAAAAUAUGUUUUUUAGAGUCUGAUUUUGCCUCACUGAUGGUCGUAACUGGGGACUUUUUGGACAGCGGCAGAGUGGAUUAUGACAACCUGAUCACAUCCCUCCAGACUCCAUAAAUGGAUAUAAGCAAGAAGAUACCACCUCUUGUCUUCCUGGUGAUCUACAUAAGCUAUGUGUCAGGACUGGAAAUCCCUCACAAGCCGGUGGUGAAUAUUAUGGAUGGGGAGGUUAUAGUCUUUUGGAAUGAACCUGUGGACCGGCCCUCAAACACCAAGUACAAUGUUGAAAUGCUCAAAUAUGGUCUUAAUUGGGUCAUGGUGGAAAGCUGCAGAGGGAUCACAAGAAACUACUGUGACCUCAGUAGCCUUGUAAAAGAUUACACCGCUGGCUAUAAGGUCCGAGUUGAGCUAGCCACUGGAGAUGGAGUGUCCACUUGGACGGCCAAGACCAAAUUUCUCCCAAACAAAAGUAAUCUGAGUUCUCCCUCCUUCACAAUGACAGCUACCUCUAGCACUCUAAAACUCAAUAUUCACCCGAAACCCAUUCUGAGAAAGCUCUUCCCUUAUGGCGUCAUCUACACCAUAUACCUGGAGGACACCAGAGAUAAUAAGACUACAACAGCAUACCUGCAAGAUGAUGUGGAUGAGGAAGAGAGGAGUACAACUUUUACCUCUCUGCACUGGGGGAAGGAGUACUGUGUCAGCAUCAAGGUUGAGGCUAGGGGAGCUGAGUCCACCAGCACUGUGUCCCGUAAACAGUGUCUGCAGCUACCAGAACAAGAAUGGUUCAUUAUUGCUGCGUCAUCCCUUUCUAUAAUGGGCGGGCUGGUGGUUGUUGCCAUUAUGGCCGCCAUACUCCACUGUUACCUUAGACGUCCAGAGAAAACACCUGUUGCAUUGAAAUCCCCUGUUAGUGGGUGGCUUCCACUCUCUGCUGGGGAAGGAACGAUGGAGGUUGUUACAGACAAAGGAUGGUUCCUGUCUAAUUACAGAACUGAAACAAAAAUCUGUGGCAAAGUUCCAGAGACACAUGUGAAUUUAACAGAGGACAGUGAAGAGGAGGACAGAAGGACAAGCAUGGACAGUGGGGUCAGCAUGGAGUCCAACUCUGCCUCAAACAGCGAGGGAAGUCCUCCAUUAAGACAAGAGGACAGUGGCUGUGGGAGCAUGGGGGGAUCAGAGAGCUCCAGUAGCAGUCAGUCAGAUUUCUCCCUGAAGGAGGAAAGGACUAACACAGACACUGAGACAAAAAGGGAGGACAGUGGGGUUGGUCUUGGCUGCCAGCUUGAUUCCUCUUCUUUGGAUCUGGAUGGGCAGGACAGUGGAUCUCUACAGGAGGUAGUAUCUGGAGGUGGUUACCGCAGCCAGAGCCAUUCUCGUGUUCAAAUACAAGUCUGUGACGAUACAGAAGAGUUUAAACAGACACUUCCUGACCUGGCUGAAGUGGUCACAGGCUACAGAGCUGCGCCUCAGUCUUGUUUCUGCUCAGGAGCAGGUCAGUGCACUUGGUGCCACCAACAAGGCCAUUUUGGACAUGAAGUUAUCAAACAAUACAGACCUGUGUGUAUUGAAAAUGGACUUCCGAGCAGCAAAUGUGAUUUUGUGGACUCUUACAAAAAAGGCAUAACAUUUUUAAGUUAUCCAAAUGAAUCACAAAUAGACACAGUCAUAAUUGAUGACUUAGAACCAACUUUUACACAACUGACAGACACCUUCCCUCUGCUUAAAGCUCUGACACCGCUGCCCCUUGUGGAGAGUAGACAGGACUUCAAUAUGAACAAUGUGUCGCUCUCUCUCUCUGAUUUACAGCUGAUAACUUACUAGUACGCUGUGGAGUGAAACAAUACUGUUUAUACAUGUGUGAGUGAAAGACUGGAGCAAUACACAGCUCUUUUCCCAUGACACACCAUGUCAAAAGUAGAUGCAUUAUUUGAAGAAAUAGUUCAAAAACCUGACAGGAAAUGGGGAAAACUGUGAGCAAGCAGCAAGAUGUUGCAAAGGAAGGAAAAAGAGGUUAGACUGCACAGCUGCUGAGCAGCAGAUGUUGGUUGGCUGAAGUCUCGGGAGCUUUAAGAGAUGAUGAAUUUAACACCAGAGAUCUCAUUCAACCCUGUCUCUCUGGGUAUAUUUACAUCUGACUGAAGUAUAGCAUGCCGGAAGUGAAACUGGCCUCGGGAGCACUGCAGAGAAACAGUUUGACGGUUACAUACUUUUGGACAUUUUGCAAUACUUCCUUGUCUUUGUUAACAAUGAUAUCCAAUGUCAAUAAUCACACCUACAGUAGUUUCUGAAAUAAGUUUCAGGAAAGUUUUUUGGUUUUUGCCCCAGUUAACAUAGUAGCCAAAGUGAAAUAGUGCUGAGCAACUUUAAAGUGGAUGAUUUCUAAAUUGUCAUUUGUCAAUAUUGUCUUAACACUUCAAAAUAUGUCAUCAUUUCAAAUGUUUCCCAGUGUCAUAAACUGGCAGACUUAUGGAGUAGGUUUCUUUCCCAAAAUUUCAAUUACAUUCAGAACAUUUACACACAUAUUUUUUUAAAGCUCUCUGACACACUCAUGUCUGAUGUCAGACAUGUCUUUUAACUACUGUCAUAUAAAGGUUAUUUAUUACAUAUAAGGUGAAAAAAAGUAAUUAUCAUGUAUAGCUGUACAUUUAUGUGACUGCUUCUCUACAUGUGAUUAAAAGAAACUGUGUCACUGGAA